AUGUCUCCAGUCAAAAACGGCCAGAUCAUCUUCAACGAAGCUCCGGGACCAGGUCCCCUUGUCCUGGGGAAGAGUAUGAUUUACAAGGAGCAGGCCAUCGACACCGACACUAUUGUCCUCGAUGGUGGCUUCCUUGUAAAGGUCCUCUACCUCUCCAUCGAUCCUGUCAUUCGUGGCCGCAUGAGUGCACCACCGGGAUGGGGUUAUGCAGCUGGCAAGCCGAUCAUCAACUACGGACUCGGCCGCGUACUGCGCUCCGAACACAGCUCCUUCAAAGUCGGUAAUCUCGUGUAUGGUAUGAUGAGCUUUGAGGAGUAUGCUAUAUGUCCUGCGGCGCAAGCCGGACGAUUCUCCGUCGUUGAUAAUAGCAUACCUCUCGCCGCUUGGCUUGGUCCUGUAGGACUGGCUGGUGAGACCGCCUACUACGGGUGGAAGGAGUACGCACCUUCCUCCCUCAAGGAGCAGGCGGCGUUGGCUCCAUGGUCUAUUCAGCUUGCGAAGCGCGAUGGGAUGAAAGUGAUCGCUUCUGCCGGGUCCGAGGAGAAAGUCACCCUCAUGAAACAGUACGGCGCCAACGUCGCGUUCAAUUACAAGACUACUGCCACCAAGGACGUCCUGGCAAAGGAAGGCCCCAUCGACGUAUACUGGGACAACGUCGGCGGUGAGACGCUCGAAGCAUCCAUAACCGCUGCCGCGCCAUUUGCGCAUUUCAUAGAAUGUGGCAUGGUCUCGGGCUACGAGGGCCAAACAUAUGGAGUCAAGAACCUAUUCCUCACGAUCCCCAAGUCAAUCCAGAUGCACGGAUUCGUCGUCUCCAACCUCGUCAGCAAAUGGGGCGCCGAAUUCAGGGAGGUCCUUCCCAAGUUGAUCGCUAGCGGCGAGAUCAAAUACAACGUGGAAGUUGUCAAAGGCUUGGAGAAGGCCGAGGAGACUCUCACUGGUCAGAUGUCGGGUAAGAUUACUGGAAAGCCAGUGAUACAGGUCGCGACAGAGUAG